AUGCAACCACCGCUCCACAUUGCACCUCAGCCAGAUCCCGCCGCCGAUCCUCCUGCACGCGCCGCCGCCGCCGGCCCUCUCCAGCCACCCACACUCCGGCUGCCCCACAAGCUCCUUGUACGCCGCGUUGCACAUCCUCACCUUGUUGCUCGAGUCCGACACAAUCGCCGGCAAAACCUCCGCCUCCACGAUUUCCUCCACCUCCUCCGCCCCCAUCGCGGCCGGGAGCCGCCGUAUUUCGCUGGAGAUUCCUUCCACCACCACGGUCGACCCCACCGGCCGGACCGGCCUGGGAGAUAUGACGCCGGCCGGCCGGACCUUCAGAUCUGGCUCCUCAGACGCCAUAGACAGGUUCAGAUCUAUCUCCUUCUCCUUCUCUUUAUCCUCGACGGCGGCUGGGAUGAGCGGGGAGUCGCGGAGGAGCGGCAGCUCAACAGACUCGGCCAGGGUCGUGACGGCCGUGUCGAGGCAGCAGUUGAUCGGGACGAAGUUCCAGCUCGCGGCGAGGUUUCCGGCCAUCGGCGGGAUGAGGCCCUGGAGGCAGGUGCGAGCGCGCUUGAGGGAGGGCGGGGAGAAGGAGGCGGCGCGGCCGCGCUUGCGGGUGCGGGUGGGGCGGGCCUGGAGGUGGGCCCAGACGGUCCUGAGGUAAGGGGAUUUCCGGAUUCCGCUGUGGUCGGCGGCUGCGGCGGCGCCGCCGUCGUCGGUGGCGGAAUUAGGUUUGAGGGAGUCGGGUCUGGGGGCAAUUGGCCUGAGGAAAGUAAUAUUUGUUUUGAAUUUUGGUUUUUAUUCUUGGGGAAGAAGAAUGCGAGGGAUAGUGUGAGAGGUGAAGGAGUGUGGUUUAUAAGGGGGAAAAGGACCAAUGAGAAGGCGGCAACAAGAGAGGAGGAAACGACACGUGGAAGCAUAGGGUGGGUACGUGUUCGCAGAGGAUGGAAACUGCGCGGGCGCGAUGCGCACUCUGGGAGCAUCGUGGGUGCCAUGCGCGGCUGCGCGCGUGCUGGAAAGCAGGCUACGAGAUUUGCCCGGACAUUGUGCAAGCUGCUGCAUGCUAGAAAUGCUGGGAGCGCCUAG